AUGGAAAAAAGCCAAAUAGAAGAAAGCCAAAUAGAAGAAAAUCUAAUGGAAGGAAGUUCUGAUUAUCGAGAUACGAUUCGAAAACGUAAAAAUAGAAAAAACAAAACAUCUCAGCAACAUCGUGAACGAAGAUGGCAACAAAGAGCAACAAAGAAACUUGAGACCAACAUGAGUAGACAAAAUAGUACAGAUGUGAAAAUGAAUGAACAUGAGGAUGAUUCUGAUUUGCUGAAUAUUAAUCUGCACUUAGAGUUUAGUAUGUCUCUAAGUAGUGAUGAUAAUUUAGUCAGAAGUAUGGAGACGGAAAAUGAAUGCGUAGAUGAACAGAAUCUUUUAAAUAAUACUAACCUGCAGCAAGAGUUUGAUACGCCUCAAAGUGAUGAUGAGAAUAUAUUUAUACAUACUGAUCUACUUUCUUCUUAUCUCAGUGAAUUUGAUCAAAAACUUCUGCAGCGAUUCUGUCUUAAAAUGGAUAAAUUAAAGCAUGUACUCUGUCUCACUUGCAAUGAAUGUUUUUUAUCUAUAAUACUUGUCAAAGGAGUGUGUCGCUGUUGUUAUACUAAGAAAAGCUUACUGAAAAAAUUUUCAUCAGAAAAUAAUAUGGAUCCAGGAGAAGUAUCUGAGGAACUCCAAGGACUCACUGAAAUUGAAGAAAUGUUGAUCGCACAAGUAUUCCCUGCAAUGAUAGUUUACAGGCUUCGUGGAGGACAACACAGAUAUAGUGGAAAUAUUAUUAACUUUCCCCAAGACGUAGAGGAAUUUACUACUCGACUUCUUCGACAUCCUUCUUCACUAAAUGUACUUAUAGUACACUAG